AAGUGGUUGAAACAUUAACAGGUUCCGCCCCUGUAACUUUCCCCUCACAGUCCAGAAGGCCUCUAAACUCUUUACUCAGCUCUCUUCAAGCAUCGUUCCUGUGUCCUGUACACGGAGUCAUGGCUCUCAUUUCUACUCUAACUCCGGUGUUCGUGGCCAUCCUUUGCGUCGUCGUGGCCUUCAUGUUUAAAACGUGGCGCAGGUCCGAGUAUUCCUCGUCUCAGAAAUCCUCUAACGGCGGUGGAGAGAAGACACAAAAACGACCGUGGGUGGAUGAGGACCUGCAGGACGACACCGAGAUCAGCGGAAGAGAAAACGAGGAAGAUGAUUGGGCAGAAGCAGGGACAGAAGAUCUUCCCCAUGUUCCAUACAAUCCUCGUCGUUACCCGAAGGACGAAAUGCUGGAGCGCUCCAAACACUUCUAUGCCCUUUUGAAUGAGCGCCGGUCGGUCCGCUUCAUCAGCCCGGAACCUGUCCCUCGAGAGGUGAUCGAUAACGUGAUACGUGCGGCAGGCACGGCCCCAAGCGGUGCUCACACUGAGCCCUGGACGUUCGUGGUGGUGGUCGAUGCCGAGACCAAACACAAAAUCCGAGAGAUCGUGGAAGAGGAAGAAGAGAUCAACUACAGACAGAGGAUGGGAGAUAAAUGGGUUCACGACCUGCGUCGACUACGGACUAACUGGGUGAAGGAGUAUCUGGACACAGCGCCGUAUCUGAUCCUUAUCUUUAAGCAGACGUAUGGAAUAAUGCCGGAUGGAAAGAAAAAGACUCACUACUACAAUGAGAUCAGUGUGUCUAUCUCGUGUGGCCUACUCCUGGCAGCUCUACAGAAUGUAGGUCUGGUGACGGUAACGUCCACACCUUUAAACUGUGGUCCUCAGCUCCGGGUCCUCCUUCACCGUCCAGUCAAUGAGAAGCUUCUCAUGCUGCUUCCCGUCGGUUAUCCCGCUCCAGAUGCCACCGUUCCUGAUCUAACACGCAAGGGACUCGAGGACAUCAUGGUGUACGUGUGACGUCUCUAAAAAACCCACCGUGCUCCUGUUUAGCUUUAUAAUACAGUAUUUCUGGAGAACAUGCUGGCAGUGUUUUGAAAUUACAGCGGAGAUUUUCUGAUCAUGUUUAAGUGGACAGUGAAAUGAUUAGAAACUGGAAAGAAAUGUUGAUGCAGUUGAUAAUGUGAUUCGUGUGUGCAGUUUAUGCUUCCAAGGAUGCAAGAUUUUUUAAGCCAGUGCUUAAGCCAGUGCUUCCUUCCUUUAAGCCCCCCAUCUUCUAGGCAUGCUUAAAAAAACACAGAUAGAAAAUGCAGACAUAAUGCUGCUGAAUGUAAAUGAGACACCUUUGUUUUUGUCAAACCUCUCCCACUUUCUGAAUAGCACUUAAGGCUGUAGUUAUGUCUAAAUAAUCCCACUACACAAUUUCUGUAUUAAAUCCUCACUACAAACCCUCUUAACUCAUCUGCACCCUGUCACGAUGUUGGACACAGGCGAAUGAGGAUCCAAGUGCAGUUUUAGACUUUUACUAAACCAAGACAAAAAACAGGCAGGCAAAACAGAGCAGAAUACAGAGCACACAGGAGACGGGAACAUUAACACCAACAUACAAUAACGACCAACACCAGGGAAGUGAACAAACAGAGUAUAUAUAGUUGACAGGAACCAAUGACAAAGCGGACACAAUCAGAGACAAAGACAACACACCUGAGGGAAUGAAUGAGUUCAAUUAAUGUCCAUGGAAACCAAAGAGUGGGCGGAGCAAACAAUUAACAACCGGGAAAGACAGCAGACAGAAACAGGACAGAAACACAGACAGACUCAUUACACACCUACAGCGCAUAAAUUAAUAUCUGGUAUAUCUGUGUGCCAUAGUUUGUUAUUGUAUUUAAGUUUCUUGGUAAAUGACAACCGAAAUAUUGACACGCAUUCGUCUUUACUUUCUAAAUCCUACUGUAUAAAUUAUACAUACCUUAAGUAAAUACCACAGGGCUGAUGUAAUCUGUGUAUGAGCAUGGAUUAUUUCUGCACCUGAAAAUUUCAAAUUUCAGUAAGAAGCCUGGAAUGAUAAAAUAAAUAAAUAAAA